AUGGGCCUCAUCAAGACAGCCAUGGUCUCCGGAGUCGCCAUCUACGGCAUCAAUAAGCUGUCAAAAUCAUCGGAGCGCCGCCGAGAGCAGUCCUCGCCAUCCCGAAACGAAUACCGUGACGCCCAACCUCAAUAUCUUGACGGUACAGACGGUCAGGGAUACUAUUACGUUCCGCAAGGGCGAGGUCAACAACAGCAGAAAGGGCAAAGUCAAGGACUGGAAUUUGUUGACCGCCGCCCCUCAGGGCCGCAAGACCAGCCACUUUACCUCCAGAAUAACCCUUCUUCACCACUUCCAUUCGGCCACAGCAACAACGAGUACAUGUAUGCACCCAAUCGUGCGGGGCCUCCACCUCAAUAUCAAAAUACCUAUGCCUAUGCCCCUCGGGAGAAGCGCUCAGGCUUCGUCGAAGCCGACGAGGUCUCCGGGUCGGACUUCCACGGUCAGAGCGCCCACCGCGAGGGAGGCGGUGCCGCGCUAUUGAACAACCUGGCGCAACAAUUCUUGGGAGGCGAUAGUAAAAGUAAAGAUAAGGGAAAGGACAUGAUGAAGAUGUUUUCCAGGUAGUCGUCACCGUGACGAUUCGGGGUACUUCAAGGCCAUGUCGAAGAAAUUUGGCAAGGCCAGGGAGUGGGAUUUUGGUAGAUGUUGAAACGAGCACUCUUUUGAGCUCAGUACAUGCAAGAUGGCGUUCAUUCUGG